AUGCCUAAGUUGAAUCCCCCAGACCUCUUGAGCGAUCAAGAGAACAUCGAUCCCGACGGUACCUUUCCACACACAGACUUCGAUCGAGCCCAGCUCAUCGCUGCCGACACCCAUCGAGACUUUAUUUUUGGCAGACGUGGUCAAGGAGAGGAAGAUGAUUCCGAAAACGCCUUUGACGAUCCCAGUGCCACUCCUUUCGAUAUGUUGAGUCAGAACUCGAAUACCAUCUCUGCACCGACUCCGUCCCAGGCCAUGACAUAUCCGAUUUCACCACUGAUAGAAGUCGAGAUUCCAAAGUUCGCUCCUGUGCCUGCUUCUGAUGAGGACGCGGAAUCGAUUAACGAACCUGAGGAAGAACCCAACAAGAAGGCACAAAACCGGAAAUUUCAGACGUCUUCGACAACAAGGAACAAGAAGCGAAAGGCAAGUGGCGUCGGCACCAAAGUCGAUGAGACCCCCGAUGCAGGACGACGCAGCGGCCUACGUGUAAGGACAUCAGCCCAGAAAAAUCCCUUCACGGCUGAUAAGCUCAAGUAUGAGAUGACGAAGAGCCGUGGUCGCAACAUUUCUAAGGCCGAAGUUGAGAAGCACAUGAAGCAAGCACAGGCACCUAUGCUCAUGCCUCCUGCCAAAAAGCCGAAAACAAAUCAUGCCGUUGCAUAUGAGACAGAGGAUGAGUCUGAAGCAGUGUCCAGUCCGGUACCAUCGGAAGCGAUCGUGGUCAGCAACAAGUACAUCUUACAGCAAACCACCCUUUGUAUCGCUGUCGUUGACUGUGCCGGUACAAUCGAGGCCCCUUUGGUCAAUUUCGAAAGGCUGAAUGACUUGAUCAAUUACAUUGACGAUCGCUGGGGGAGGCAAAAGGGCGGGCGUUACGCCUACAUGAAAUGCGAACGUCCAUGGAAAGGAAAGGAUCACGAUCUUGUCAUCCAUAGAGGCUGGGAUGAGCAAUUCGACCAGUUGAUCAAGUCGAUACGUGAGGCACCAAUCUGGAAGAAGAAGAGCUUGUCGCAGCGCAGACUGGACGUCGUGAUCAAGGUCUCCCUCGUUGAUGAGAGCAUAAGCGACCCCUGA